AAAACCGCCCCAGUGCCAGUCCACACUCAUAACCGCAUUCACAAAGCCUUUCACUUUAACAACAUUUCCCGCCUUUUGCAGAGAGAGAGAAAGAAUCGUCAAUGGAGGUUACCGCCGUGGCUCUUGUAAAGGAGAUUAAGGCUAUUGACGGAGGCAAGAACGCCAACGAUGACAACAAGCUUGUUGUUCUGGAGAUUUCUACGGAUGGAGAUCUAGAUGGAAAGAUCGCUUCUACUAUUGGUGCUGAGUCGGUUCAGAAGAAGAAGAAGAACCGAAUUCAAGUCUCUAACACCAAGAAACCCUUCCUCUUCUACUUGAAUCUUGCCAAGAAGUACAUCAAUCAAUACAAUGAUGUGGAGCUCUCUGCCUUGGGGAUGGCUAUUCCUACUGUUGUCACAAUUUCUGAGAUUCUGAAAGAAAAUGGACUGGCAACUCUGAAAAAGAUUGAGACCUCUACAAUUCCCUUAAAGGAUGAGGAUAAGGGCCGCCUGAUUACAAAGGCUAAGAUUGAAAUUGUGCUUGAAAAGGUUGCCGAGGAACUUGAGGAGCCCACUGGUGCAAUAGUAAGCUGCUGCUGAGGUCUCAAAUAGUUGUACUCCUACUGUCGUCUGAUGUUGAUCGAUAUGAUAGUUUUGUGGUCAUACUGCUCUCUGUUAAUAUCUGUUAAAGAUACAAUAAGCAAGCCAGUACAGUAAAACUGCUUAGUAGAUAUUGUAUAGAGUAAACCUAGGCAUCGAUGUGCUUUUCAUAUCACUCGCUUCUUCCGAGUGCUGUGUAGAUAUCUAACUUACUGCAUCUACUCAUGCACUGUAUCUGUUUGCUCAGCUCUUCUGUGUUUGCUGAGCACAUACAGUUCCUGUGAGUGCUGUUUUAGAUAUCAAAACUUUUACUACAUCAUGUCCAUACUCCAUUUGAACAUGUACUGCUUCAUUUUACUGAAUAAUAACCACCAUGCAUUUAGCCUCAUCAACUCUCUCUCACCCUCAGACACACACACACACAUGA